AUGACGGGCAAUGCCGGGGAAUGGUGCCUCAUGGAGAGCGACCCUGGGGUCUUUACCGAGCUCAUUAAAGGAUUCGGUUGCCGAGGAGCCCAAGUUGAGGAAAUAUGGAGUUUGGAACCAGAGAAUUUUGAAAAAUUAAAGCCAGUUCAUGGGUUAAUUUUUCUUUUCAAGUGGCAGCCAGGAGAAGAACCAGCAGGCUCUGUGGUUCAGGACUCCAGACUUGACACGAUUUUUUUUGCCAAGCAGGUAAUUAAUAAUGCUUGUGCCACUCAAGCCAUAGUAAGUGUGUUAUUAAACUGUGCCCAUCAAGAUGUUCGUUUAGGAGACACAUUAUCAGAGUUUAAAGAAUUUUCACAAAGUUUUGAUGCAGCUAUGAAAGGUUUGGCACUGAGCAAUUCAGAUGUGAUUCGACAAGUCCACAACAGUUUUGCCAGACAGCAAAUGUUUGAAUUUGAUGCAAAAACAUCAGCAAAAGAGGAAGAUGCUUUUCACUUUGUCAGUUAUGUUCCUGUAAAUGGAAGGCUGUAUGAAUUAGAUGGAUUAAGAGAAGGACCAAUUGAUUUAGGGGCAUGCAAUCAGGAUGACUGGAUCAACGCAGUGAGACCAGUUAUAGAAAAAAGGAUACAAAAAGAGGAACCCAUGGAUACAGACCAGGGUAAUAAUAUGUUAACUGCUAUUCAGUCAGAGGUAGCCAAAAAUCAAAUGCUUAUUGAAGAAGAAGUACAAAAGUUAAAGAGAUAUAAGAUUGAAAAUAUCAGGAGGAAGCAUAAUUAUCUGCCUUUCAUUAUGGAAUUGCUAAAGACUUUAGCCGAGCACCAGCAGCUAAUACCACUAGUAGAAAAGGCAAAAGAGAAACAGAAUGCAAAGAAAGCUCAGGAAACAAAAUGA